GUUAGACACUAGCCCCUAUAGUAAGGAGCAGCAAAAAAAGAUGGCCGCCUUAGUGAGAGAAAACAGAGAGAGGAAAGAACGUGAGAAGCAGGCGAAGCUAAAGGCUAUCGCAGACGAGCAGGCGGCAAAGAUGAAAGAAUUGGAGGAGGAGAUGGAGAAAAAGAAGAAGGCUGCUGAAGAAGAAGGGCGGCAGAAGAAGAGAAAGAAAGAAUGCGUAUUGAGAGUAGAGAGGGGAGUAGUGGCACGAAGAGGGACACAGACGCUGAGAUGGAGAAGAAGAUAAGCGAGUGGUUUGCUAAUUUAUCGUUGGGAGAAGAGGAGGAGGCAGAGUCCUAUGUGACUGAGGAUGAGAGGGCUGCGCUAGCCAGCGAGCUAGCAACAAUGACAGAUCCUAUGGAAAGGCGAGAAAGAGAGGAGGAGCAGAAGUUGGCAUGGAAGCUGAGGAUGAAGAGGGAGAAGAAGAGGAGGAGAGAGGAAGUGAACAAAAUGACCGCAGAGGUAGCAAAGGUGCAGGCGUGCAAGCAGGAGGUGUUGGCCCGGCCGAAUGACAAGGCCAAGUGGGAUAAGGUACUGGGGUACCUAGAGGUGUUGAGCAAAGCCUGGAUGGAGGAGCUCCAGGCCAGCUGGAGCCAAGACGUAGCAUUGAGUGCCAUGCGGUCAGGGUUUAGGGAGUUUCGCGCGAGAUCGUCACCCACAUUGGGGGCGAAGUAAAGCAAUUAAGGGACAACGUAGGGAAGUUCUAUGAAGGCGCCAUUGAAGGUGUCAAAGCCAUAGCCGCUGUAGAGGGCGAGGCCAGACCUCGCAAGGACCCAGUC